UAUGCCUAUAUUUCUAAGGGUGGGCCUGAACACGUGACCUUUCAGACUAAUAUAAUACGCAUCUUAUUCAUGUUUCAGUCCACAGAGAAAUAUCUGACGCAAAAAAUAGAUCAUGGAGGUGACAUCUCAACCGUCUGCGUUUCAUCCUCAAGAAUUUCACUCAAGCUUGAUGAGCUGCUGCGACGACGUGGGCGUAUGUUGUUGUGGCCUUUUCUGCCUCCCGUGUAUGGGCUGCUCCAUCGCUAGUGACAUGAACGAGUGCUGCUUAUGUGGUUUAGGCAUGCCAAUGAGGAGUGUAUACAGAACUAAAUACAACAUACAGGGAUCCAUGUGCAAUGACUGGGCUGUCACCACCUUCUGCUUUACCUGUGCAGCCUGUCAGCUGAAGAGAGACAUCGACAUUAGAAAGAGUAACGGCACACUGAAAUUAUGAGAACUAGAAAAGAGCACUACUAUCUUCACUAAUGUCCUUAAAUACUGCUCUUGAAAAUAGGAGAUCAAAGAAAGUCGAAGGGGUCAACUAAAUAAAACACAUUGUAAUGUAAUUAUGAUUGCAGUUCUUAUUUGUCCUAUUUGGAAAUUGUGUUCAUUCAGUACAGUUAAACUGCAAAGUUAUAUUGUCAAUAUUCUUUAAAUGUACUUCAAACACAUUCUUCCCUUUUACAAGAAGUGGAUAACAUUGCAGAGUCGCAGUAUGUUAUGUCUGUGCAUUAACAUUUUAUCACUUGUUUUUUUUUAACUAAACUCUUUCAAUCUCACUCGUUCUCUUUCCUUCGGCUUAGUCCCUGCUUCAUCAGUGGUCGCCACAUGGAAUAAAAAAUAUUAAAUAAUAAAUAUUCUUCCAAUGUGA